CCAACCGCAAUAUCUCCGAGGUAUGCCUGUAUGGAGGCUUGAUGAGUCAGUCACUAAAGUAAGGAAAAACUGAUAGGGAAUAUAAGUGAAUAAGGCAGCAUCCCAGGUAAGAAGGUAAAGUUAGCGGUAGGAAAUGAAAACUUCACAGGUCAGCCGCAAGCCAUUGUGCUUGGUAGCAGCCCUGGAAGGAAGCGUGGCUGUCAAGGGGCAAGGGUAUCCCAACUCCAGGGGAGGGGGCCAAAUGUGCCAAAUUGGAAAGGGGGGGUGACCCGGGAAAAGCUGGUAAAAUGCCCAUCCCAGUCCCUCUCCUCGGGUUCUUCAUCUCAAGAAGCACAAACAAGAGCAAGCCCAGUGCCAAGGAGCUCAACGCCGGACUCUCCCAGGUCCCUCCCACAGAAAGGAGCUCAGCACCAAGCCCCGAAGGCCCGGGCAGGCCGCCUCCGGAGGAGCCCCCGCAGACGCCAUGCUAAAAGCCAAAAUGGCUGCCCCAAGGUAGCCCGCACCGCGCAGCUAGUGAGGGUUGGGGAACAAGCUUCUGCGGAAAAGGGGGAGGAGGACUCUGGAGGAGCCGUGGCCAGGACCAACGCCCCUUGAGCAGCACAGGUUCUAGUUACUACUACCCCUUGCCAUAACUUUUGACCUAUAUUUGGAAAAAUACUGGCCAGAAAAAAAAUGAUAAAAUUUUUCCUCAUGGUGAAUAAACAAGGCCAGACCCGACUUUCUAAGUACUAUGAACAUGUGGAGAUUAAUAAGCGUACACUUCUAGAAACAGAAGUCAUAAAGAGCUGUCUCUCUCGAUCCAAUGAACAAUGCUCCUUCAUCGAAUAUAAGGAUUUUAAGCUGGUAUAUCGGCAGUAUGCAGCUCUCUUCAUUGUGGUUGGAGUUAAUGACACUGAGAAUGAGAUGGCGAUUUAUGAAUUCAUCCAUAACUUCGUGGAAGUUUUAGACGAGUACUUCAGCCGAGUUAGUGAAUUAGAUAUAAUGUUUAAUUUAGACAAAGUACACAUCAUUUUGGAUGAAAUGGUGUUAAAUGGCUGCAUUGUGGAAACGAAUCGGGCAAGAAUUCUUGCUCCUCUACUAAUUCUCGAUAAGAUGUCAGAAAGCUGAAUAAUGGAAGGCUCUGCCAGGCAACAUCAACAUAGGAAAUGAGAAUAUGGAAUACCUCUCAACAUCUGUAGCCCCAAAGAAUCUGGAAGAACAUACACUGAAAAAUGGGGUAUCCUUCCAAAGACAUUUUAAGUAGGUGUUUUUCAGUUCCUAAUAGAAAACAAAACUGUAUUUUAAAAUGAUGUGCAAAGAAAAAUUUUCUGAGGGAGAGACAAGUUUUAUUUUUUAACAAUAAGCAUUUCUUCUUCACUUGUUUAACUUUUCUUAAAUAAAAUUUUUGGCCUCUGCUUCCCUUUGCAAAUUAAAUAGCAGCAUGAGGUGGGAAGAAAGUGUGGCAACUGUUUAUCAGCCAAUACAAUUGUAAAACUGACUUAAACACAUAGUACUUUGUCUUCUGAAUGCUAUCUUUUUCCUUAAAAAGCCAAAACUUUAUUGUAUACAUAAUGAAUACUGCAGAAUUAAAUUUUAUUUGCCAGUUUCUAAAAACCUGAUAUCCAUUUUAUGGGCACUUGGCAAUUACAAUACUGUCAAUGUAAUUAACUAUAGAGAAUGUUACUACCAAAUAAUAAAUGGUUAUACAUUAAAAAAAGCAAACUAUCCUUUGUGCCAUAUUAUAAA